AUGUCUCACGAUUUAUGCGUUCUCGGUCUCGGUACAAUGGGCAGCAAUAUCGCUCGUAACUUCGCCCACCACGGCUUCAAGGUCGCUGUUUUCAACAGAACUUGGGCUAGAACAGAAGCUUUACUCGCCAUGAAGGAACCAAAUAUCGACGGCUACAAGACACUCCCAGAAGUUGUUGCCGUCCUUAAGAAGCCACGUAUUUUCUUACUCAUGGUUACAGCUGAAUUCGUUGAUAACGUUGUUGAUCAACUUAAGCCACUCCUUGAGAAGGACGAUGUCAUCAUCGAUGGUGGCAACUCUCACUGGCCAGAAACAGAACGCCGCCAAAAGGCAAUCGAGCCAACAGGAAUCCACUUCGUUGGCAUGGGUAUCUCCGGCGGUGAAGAGGGUGCUCUCAACGGCCCAGCUAUGAUGUUUGGUGGCCACCUCCAGGAUUGGGAGAACUGCAAGAGAGUUUUACUCCCAAUUGCCGCCAAGUCUCAGGAUGGCGCUCCAUGUGUCGACUACAUGGGUCGCGGUGGUGCUGGCCACUUCGUUAAGAUGGUCCACAACGCCAUUGAGUAUGCUGAUAUGCAACUUAUUGCUGAAACAUACUACAUCAUGAAGAAUGCCCUCAAGAUGGACAACGUCGCUAUCGCUGAUGUCUUCGGAAAGUGGAACCAGGGCGUCCUUAAGUCAUAUUUGAUCGAAAUCACAGAGAAGGUUCUCCGCAAGAAGGAAGGCGACAAGCACAUUGUCGACCUCAUCCUCGAUACAGCUGAACAGAAGGGCACAGGCAAGUGGACAUCCCAGGACUCCUUCGAUAUCCCAUCUGCCACACCAGCCUUCGCUGAAGCUGUUUACGCCAGAGUCAUCUCCUGCCUCAAACCAGAACGUGUUGAAGCUUCAAAGAUCAUCAAGCAUCACCCACUUGAGGGAUUCGACAUCAAGGUCACAAUUGACGACCUUGAGAAGGCUCUUUACGCUGUUAAGAUCAUCUGCUACGCUCAGGGCUUGUCCAUGAUCCAGAAGGCUUCCGCUAAGAUGGAUUACGGCGUCGAUAUCUCCAAGUGCGCUAAGGUCUGGCGUGGUGGCUGCAUCAUCCGCGCUAACUUCCUUAACGAUGUUUCCGCUUACUACACAAACGAAACAAAGAACUUGUUAACAAUCGAUUUCUUCAGAACAGCUGUUGAAGAGCGCGUCCAGUCAUGGCGUAAGGUCUGCGCUCUCAGCACAAUCCAGGGCUAUCCAAUCCCAUUAUACUCAUCUUGCCUCGCUUAUUUCGACUCAUACGGAUCAGAUGUUCUCCCAGCUAACCUUAUCCAGGGCUUGAGAGACUUCUUCGGUGCUCAUACAUACGAGCGUGUUGACAAGGAAGGCAAGUUCCACACAGAAUGGGAGCAGCACUAA